AUGCAUAGACGCUCUGUAGUUUCUCAUUCAAUGUGCCGUAUGUUGAGACCUGAGCUUGUCGCCAUCAUCCUUGGCUUUGGCGCUUGCGCACGCCCAGAUUGCAGAGAGGGCACGUGCCAAACCCUUGAUCCGUAUUUCAAUUGUGAGUAUGACCGGUCGGGCACCGCAGGAGGCGGCAACACAGUUGCCCCAGCACAUUGCAAAUACCAUGGCAACAUCGUAGUGAGAGCGAGCUUCGAGCUUCCCCAAGCCUAUGCCAACGACAGUCAACAAAAGUUCUUCGUGCGAGAGGAAGUUUUGGCAGGCUUGGCGGAUGUAUUCCGCCACGUCAAGUUAAAUGGAGAGGAACGGUUCCUACUCCCUGCCCUCUGGUAUGGUUUGAAGCAUGAUGGUCGGUUUCUUCGACGCUGGAUCCCGACGGAGGAGCUUCAGCUGGAACACCGUUGGCGAGAGCGGUCGGUGUGGAGCGCGCGACUUGUCUUUGCGGUCGCCUCGCCUGCCGCAACAUGCGAGUUGUGCAUGUCGCACUUGAGUGUGCCUCUGUACAGUGAGAGUGAGAAUGGAUUUGCAAUGCUUGGAACCGUUUCGCGAUUCACAACACAUUUCGCUAUCAUGCAGCGGGUGACACCAGUC